AUGGCUCCAACGGAGAGGAGCGAUGAGGCUCUUGAGCAGUGGCUCCCCGUCAUUGAGGGGCUCCAUCUCGGGCAGCUGGUUCAGGUGGAGACCGAGAGCUCCGCUGCGGAGCGCGGUCAGCUGAUCAACUGGCUUCCUGACCAAGGAGUUUUUGAAGUCGCCUUGCUGAGCUCUGGGCGCGUGGUCACGGUGGAUCCCAAGGACUGCCAUACGGUGCUCGAUUGCCAGGGUCCAGCCACCGGCGGCGGUCCGGAGAGCUUCGACCUGGUCAUUGGGCCCCGGACCAAGCGCGACGUGCUGGGCGAGGCGCUGUCCAAUCGCCUUCUAGAACGAGGUUUUUGUGUGCUACGUCUCGUCCAGAGAGAAGAUGAUCGAAGUCAAGUGCACAAGAUGAUGCAGCAGUUCGACUCUGAUGGUAGGCUGUGCCGGCUUGCCACAGAAGUGGAGGAAGGAUACCUGGGGAAGGGUGGGCGCGGCAAAGUGAUGUGGCUGGAUCCCGAAGAUCCCUCGGUGCCCCACAAUUCCGCCCUCCGAAGAAACGAUGCCAACAUCACCAGCCUGGCGGAGAUCCUACAACCCUUUGCGGAGGAUGUGUUGGGCGCUCCAAUCGCAGAGAGGACGCCAGCCUUGGCGUGCAUGUCGAUGACGGAUGCCGAAGAGGCUGUCUAUGAGCAUCCGACGGCCUCGGAUACCAUCAUCGAGGAGUUCUACGGCAACUGGGCCCGCAGCGUGCUGAGAGUGGUACACUUCAUGGGCCCGGGCGAGUGCAAGGUGGAACUGACGGCAAAAGAGGAUGCUCCACUCAGCAAGGUGGAAGAGAGUUACGAGAUCACUGCUGGUCCAAACACGAUCCUCCUGGUCCGACAAGACACCUUCGAUUUUUGGUGCGAUGAACCGGAGGAUGAGAGCGAUGCGUUCUGGCUUCAGGCCUUCCUGCUGCGCGCGGGGCCCUCGUGGACGCUGGGCGACUUGAUCGAUGGCGACCUGAGCCUCCUCGUCAGCCGAGGUGAUGGACCACCGCCUCCAUCGGGCUCUGAGGUGGUGGCGGUGGUGGCCUUGUCCUUGCAAGCGUGCGGGAAGAUGACUGACCACCACAAAGAGUGGGCGGCCUACACCGCCGGCUGCGACGCGCAGCUGGAGAUGCCCAUCACCCGCUUUGAAUACCUACCCUACUACAGCGACGAAGUCGACAUGCCCAUGGGUACCACCUUCGUGAAGCACUUUUCGGUGCAAGACGGUGUGGAACUCUUUGACAACAAAGCCUUCGAAAUCUCCAACAUGGAGGCGGAGUGCAUGGACCCCAUGUUCCGGCAGGUCAUGGAGGUGGGAUACCUGUCCACGCUUCAGAUUGGCCUCACCAAGAAGUUGGCCAACAGCAAGUCGACCCAUGCGUCCGUCUCGGUGGGUUUGGACAAGCAGGAGUGGACGCAGAUGCCAGUGGCCACCAGCGUGGCCACCAACAAUCAGCUGGCGAUCGUGGCAAAUCGCUUCAACUACGUCUUCAACCUGAAAGGUGGAAGCUAUGCCUGCGACACCGCGUGCUCCUCCUCCCUGGUGGCCACGCACCUGGGAAAGGUCAAUCUCUUGGAGCAGAGGUGGGAUCCUUUGGAGUGGCAUUUGGGCAUGGGCACUGGCCUCACCUUAACGGUGGGCUCCUUCAUCCAUGGCUGCGCUGCGCACAUGCUCUCGCCCGGCGGCCGAUGCUUUACCUUCAACGCCACAGCCAACGGCUACAACCGUGGCGAUGGCACGGCGGGUUUCAUCAUCAAGAAUGGCACCUUCGAGAACGAGCGGUUGGCCUACUUCCGUGGGUCUCAGAUCGGCCAGGACGGCCGCAGCGCCAGCAUGUCCGCGCCCAACGGGCCGGCGCAGGAGAAGUGCGUUCGGUGUAUCCAACGGGCUGGCCCGAUGGCGCUGGGUCAAAGCUGCGGGCCCUGCGUCCCCCCCGAGUCCACGGUGUGGGAGUGCCACGGCACCGGGCACGGACACCCGGGGCGCACCGCGCGACCGCUGGAUAGAGACUGGACCUCCUUGGGCGAUCCCAUCGAAGUGGGAGCCAUCCGAAAGGUCCAGAUUAAGGAGCCUCGAGCUGAGCCCUUGUUGAUAGCCAGUAGCAAGUCCAACUUGGGACACUUGGAGGGCAGUGCUGCUGCCAUCGCCAUGAACAAGUGCAUCCUCAUCGUGAUGCAUGCGAUGGCAUUGCCCACGCAGCACGUGAAAACGCUGAAUCCGCACUUGGACCAUGCGGCCUUCGAUGCGAUCUACACCACGGAGCACACCGUCUACAAAUAUGCCCAAGGCCAUUGCCAGGCAUCCGCCGAACGGUGCCACGCGAGCCGAGUCUGCCGGCUCAGCCGGCCGGUGGCCGCAACCGCCGCGUUGCCGCAGGUGUCGUCCUUCGGUGUGGGCGGCACCAACGGCCACGCCAUCUUCUGGGGCGAGAAGGCCCAACCAGAUGUCGACUUCCGCCGAGUCUUCCUCAAGAAGAUCAUGCGCGCGACGCCACCCAUCGUCACCGAGGGCACCACCGACCCGGCGCUCUGGGAUUACCGGGGGCUGGAUUACAAGGCCAACAUGGGAGACAGCUACAAAGUCUGCUUGGAGAAGGAUCCUUUGACGGGCGAAGAGACUGUGACCUUCGAGAAGGAGCAAGUGAAAGAGGACCCCGCCGAGUUCUAUGGCACCACCGGGAACCACAACGACUGGGACGUGGAUCGCAUGCAGGAGGGCAACGUGCGGAGCGCCUAG